ACUACCGUUUACAUCCAAAGGAAGAAGAAGACGACGGCGAAGAAGAAGAAGGGUUUGUUGUGAUUAACUUCUAUCUGGUGGUAGAAGUGUUUCUACCAUGGGAAGACACUGCUGCGUCACGAGCUGUCGCAGUUAUACGGCGAGUGGCCGCACAGUGAACGGCCUCAGCUUUUUCAAGUUCCCUGCGUGGAAGAAGACGGAGGGAGGGAAGGUGGCCGAGAUCACCAAGAGGCGGCGGAUGGCUUGGGUGGCCGCCGUGAGGAGAGCCAACAUCACGUUCAACUACGCCCCCGCGUCUAUGAAGGUCUGCUCAAGGCAUUUCCAUACUGGAAAACCAGCUUAUGAGAUGUUCGAGUCCCAUCCAGACUGGGCACCGUCGUUGAACUUGGGGCACGAUGAAGCAAACGCUGCGGAGACAGAGCAGUCCGUCCGGCACACGAGCAAAGCAGAGUUGAGACCUAUAGCGGCGGACGACCCUGAACCAACCGAGGACCACCCAGAACCAGCCGAGAACCGCACAGACCCAGUCGGGAACUACGCAGAACCAGCCUCGAUCAUAGUGGAACUAACUGAAGAAGCAGCUGGCGAGGCUGGAGGUGGACCUGCGCCAAAGGAGAUGAUUGAGUGUGACUUUUGUGGGUACCGGCGUGCUGAAAUAAACCGCCUGUUGAAAGAGAACCGGGAACUUAAGUGUGCACUUGCAAAGCGGAAUAUGGAUGAAGAAUCCCUGAAAGAGGAUAAUAUGAAAGUGAAGUACUACACUGGACUUCCAUGCUUUGGCCUUUUGAUGAGUAUGCUUUCGACUGUUAUGCCGUGUCUCCCCACGUCGGUCCGAACUUUGACACCUUUUCAGAUGGUUUUUUUAACUCUCAUGCGCCUGAGGCUAAACCUGCCACUCCAACACCUUGCGUACAUCUUUCACGUAGACAAAAGAGUGGUUGUAACCAUAUUUAACACAACAAUAAAUGCUUUACAUUCACAGCUUAGCCCUUUAGUGAGUUGGCCAAAUAGAGAGCAUCUGCGUCAAACUAUGCCUCCCCAGUUUAUGAAGGCCUUUGGGGACCGUGUCGUGGUUAUUUUGGACUGUUUUGAAAUAUUCACUGAAGGAGCCUCCAAUCAGAGAGCGCCGUUUUUUUACAACAAACACACCAACACCGUGAAGUACCUUAUUGGUAAAACACCACAAGGAGCGAUAUCAUUCAUUUCCAAGGGGUGGGGGGGGCAUGUCAGUGACAAAUAUGUGACUGAAAACAGUGGCCUUAUCGAUUCAUUGUUGCCUGGGGAUUUGGUGUUGGCGGAUCGAGGCUUUGACAGUGUUGGACUGAUUUGUGCCGAGGUGACGACGCCAGCGGACCCAAACGGGCCACUUCAGUUCGAUACUAAAGACGUGAAGGAAAUACGGCCAAUAGCUCACCUCAGGACCCAUGUCGAGAAGAUGAUUGGCACCAUACGCAACAUGUACACGAUGCUAUGCGGGCCUAUACCCAUGAAAAUGGCCCAAGUGUGCCAGGGGGAGGAGCUUACCUUUCUGGACAAGAUGGUGACUGUCUGCUGUGUCUUGACCAUCAUGUAUCCCAGUGGGCUUGUAGACCCAACUAGUUAUUGUGCUGAGCCGGUGUAGAUUUUUGAAGUGUUUUUUAAGAAUAGCAUUUUUUUUAUUAAAAGUGUAUUCCAUAAAAUUUGCAAUGUCAUUUAUUGAGACACAGUUUGGAUAUAGUAUUUAUAUAAGAUCUUGAAAUAUGCUAUUAAAUGGUACGCUUGUUAUUACA